AUGCCUCUCGCGCACCGCGCGCCCGCCCGCGCGCCCGCGGCGGGCGCGCCGAGCGACAGGGCGCUAGAGUACACCAUCGUCGAUCGCUCGUCCGAGGACGCGAAUCAUCGCGCGGAGGAGCUUCACGUGAAACAUGGCGAACGCGCGCGCGGGUGGUACACGGAGAGAAACGCGGGAUUUCCGGCGUACGUGACGGCGCGGUUGCGGCGAGCGAGCGACUUGAGGCAGUUACGGUUGCUGUCGCACGAGUCUAAGAUUGCGAUCGCGGCGCACGUGCACGUGACGACGAAAGAUGGACGCGUGAAGAAGUUGGGGACGUUGAGAUUUGAGAGCAACGCGGAGUGCGGGUACAAGGCGAGGGAGUUGAAGACGGUGCACGUGAACGUCAAGGAGGCGACGGAGGUGCGGUUGGAAUUUCCGGGAUGUCACGAAAACGCGAGGAACGAUGGACGACAGAUUGGAUUGAUGGCGCUAACGCUGAUCGGGGAAGUGAGCGAGCGUGAUAGCGCGAGUGAGGCGGUGACGGCGCGCACGCCUUUGCUGGGUCAUCGAGUGAUGUCGGCGGCUGGGGACGCGACGACGGAGGUGGACGCGUUGACGGCGGAGAAGAUUCGAGAGGUGAUGGUUCGCAAGGAACACGCGGUUGAUGCGGAAGAUUACGACGAGGCGAAACGUUUGCGUGACGUUAUCGCGAAGCUUCGUGAGUUUGGGGUGAAGGUGAAGGUGUUACAGGAAGAAAAAAUGCGCGCCGUGGACGCAGAAGAUUACGACGAGGCGAAACGGUUGAAGAUUGAAAUCGACAAGAUGCGAUCGAAUGGGUACGACGAUGCGUUCACCGCGGCGUCUUCGCCGCGUUCGAGCGUGCGGUCACCGAGCUCAAGCGCUCAGGUGACAGAAGAGGUGCGAGUGUUGCCACCUCUGGGGUCACCUGUAGCCGCGGCGCCGUCGGCGCGAGCCACGUUUUCGUUCGACGACGUGCCGAUUCGUUCGAAACACGCCGACGCUAUGCGAGAUUUGACGGGUGGGAAAGCCGUCGAGCACGACGAAAACGACAUCGAACGAUCUAUGAGUGUCGCGAGCAGUGCGCCGAAAGAUCCGCCCCGGCCGAAACCAAUCGAGAUUACCAAGUCAAACACCUUUCGCGAAGACGACGUGAGUGCCGCCGGUAUGAGCAACGACGAGGUCCCCGCGGUGGCCGCUGGCCGUCGUGUGCCUCCUGAGCUCGAGGCUGAAGCAGCCGCGUUUUUCGAACAAGAGCACGAAGAUAAAGUCGUGAGCGCGACGAAGCAAUCAGUCAAGUCGAGCGAGGAAGAUGAUCUUCCGCCGCUGGCGCCACUGUCGCCGUCUGAGCAAGUCAACGCGGCGCCCAUCAUCGAGGCGUUUGGGGAAGAUGUCAUCGUCAAGCUCUUCAGCCAAGCAUGGUUACACCGCGAGACUGCGUUGCAGGCCAUCAACAAGCGACUUAUCGCUGCGUGGGAGAACGCAGACUCCUCUGCCGUGGUCGGAGCGGAGCCUCGCGAGACGUUUCACACGUUGUGCAAGACGCUCGGCGAUCGAUUAUUCAACGACAAGGUGGCUAACGUGACGUGUGCGGCAGCGAUCACGCUUGCGUCUGCGGCCAAGGCGUACGCUGAGUUCGUUUCCGCCCGGGACGUGCGCGAAGCGGUCGGGGACUCGAUGUCGUUAUUAGUCGAUAAACUUGGCGACACCAAUCCUAGACUUCGCGAGAGCAUUCGCGAGGCGCUGCACGCCUUCGCAAGCGACGCCCCAGGAGGAGUGAAUAUCUUAGCGAAUGCGCUUUGCAAACCGGUGCAAAAGUUGAACUUGUGGCGAGUGCUGACUGGAAGGCUCACUCUGCUUCUAGAGCUUGUGCCAACGUACGGAUUGGAUGCGCCAGAAAAGGAAAAUUCAUUCGCGUUGGAACAAGUCAUGAAGUUUGCGACGAAGUGCUUCGACAGCGCCAACGGUGAGGCGAGAGGCGUGGCCAUGAAGGUUGUUUUGGCGUGCGUAGACAUCGUUGGUUCGAAUGUUCGCACCUACCUUCCGCGAACGCUCAAGAGUGCGAUCAAGGAUGUCAUUGAAGCGGCGAUCGAUGAGAACGAAGACCCGUAUGACAUUCGCGGCAGAAACUCUGGGGCGAGCAAAUCGCCGAGCAAGUCCAUGUGGACGGCGUCCAGUCCCGCAUCCACUCGUGGCGGUGUUGUGUUUUCCCCGAGUCGUGGACGCGGUGAUGAUUGGAAUCAGCCGAGUCCGAGCGUGCCGAGAGACGACAUAUCACCCGAGAUGUCCGCCAGCGCGACGACGCUCGAACGCGAAAUCACUCGUCGCAUCGAGGCGCACGGAGAAGACCACCCAGACGUCGCCGCCGCCAUGAACGAUCUAGCCACACUCUACAGCGAAAACGAGAACUUUGAACGAGCACAAGCGCUGUUCGAGCGCGCGCUGUCGAUUCAAGAGACCACCCUCGGCGCCGAGCAUCCCGAGACGGUGCAGACGCUCACGGAUCUCGCUAUUUGCCACCUCGACCGCGAGGACAACAAUCUCGGCCGUCCUCUGCUCCAGCGCGCGUUGGAGCUUCAGACGAAUAUUUUAGGCCCGGACCAUCCCGAUGUGGACGCCAUUCGCGAUGUUUUAGCCUCGCUCGACGCUGAGUUGUAA